AAUAAAAAAAAUUGUAAGCCACACUUUAGUGAGUGAGCAGCAGGGUAAAAGAGGAGGAGACAGUCCGCAGAGCCACAAUAAGGCAGCAGUAUGCAAGUCCAGCAGCGCUAAAUAACUCUGGAGCUAAACACCGACUCGCUCGCUCUCUCCGUGACCGACGACAAGCCAAGCAAAACGGGGGAGCGCUCAUUCCACCGCCCGGCAGUCCUCCAUGGCUAUGUGCAACGGAGACAGCAAGCUGCCGACCAGCGACGCGGAGCAGAAUGGGUCAUACGAGGGAGCCGUGGCCAUCCUGGAUGCCGGAGCUCAGUAUGGCAAGGUGAUUGACAGGCGGGUGCGGGAGCUGUGCAUACGCUCGGAGAUCCUACCCCUGGAAACCCCUGCCUUUGCCAUUCGAGAACAAGGAUACAGGGCAAUAAUAAUUUCAGGGGGUCCUGCGUCCGUGUAUGCAGAAGACGCACCUUGGUUUGACCCCGCUAUAUUCACCAUCGGAAAGCCUGUCCUGGGGAUUUGCUACGGAAUGCAGAUGAUGAAUAAAGUCUUUGGUGGCACAGUACACAAAAAAUGUGUCCGGGAAGACGGCGUGUUCAGUAUUGGAGUGGACAACACCUGCUCCCUCUUCAGAGGCCUUCAGAAGGAGGAAGUGGUUCUGCUGACCCAUGGAGACAGUGUGGAUAAAGUGGCUGAUGGCUUUAAAGUAGUGGCCCAAUCAGGACAAAUCAUUGCUGGUAUCGCCAACGAACAGAAGAAGCUGUACGGAACUCAGUUCCACCCCGAGGUGGACCUGACGGAGCGAGGCAUAGACAUGCUUCGCAACUUCCUCUUUGAGAUAGCGGGGUGCAGCAGUAACUUCACCGUACAGAACCGUCAGCAGGCCUGCAUCAGUGACAUCAAAGAAAAAGUCGGCAAGUCCAAAGUGCUGGUGCUGCUGAGUGGCGGCGUGGACUCUACGGUGUGCACGGCCCUCCUCAACAAGGCGUUGAACCAGGACCAAGUGAUCGCAGUGCACAUCGACAACGGCUUCAUGAGGAAGAGAGAGAGUCAGAGCGUGGAGGAGGCCCUCACCAAAUUGGGCAUCAAACUGAAAGUGGUGAACGCCUCACACACCUUCUACAACGGAACAACAACGCUUCCCAUCUCGGAUGAAGACCGAACGCCCAGGAAACGCAUCAGUAAGACCUUGAAUAUGACCACCAACCCUGAGGAGAAGAGGAAAAUAAUUGGAGAUACAUUUGUGAAGGUGGCCAACGAAGUCAUAGGAGAAAUGAAUCUGAAACCCGAGGAGGUUCUUUUGGCUCAGGGGACUCUGAGACCCGACCUCAUCGAGAGCGCCUCCCACCUCGCCAGCGGCAAGGCGGAAGUCAUCAAGACGCACCACAACGACACCGAGCUCAUCCGCAAACUCCGAGAUGAGGGGAAAGUCAUCGAACCGUUGAAAGAUUUCCAUAAAGAUGAGGUGAGAGCGCUUGGGAGGGAGUUGGGCCUGCCAGAGGAGAUCGUCUCACGACAUCCUUUCCCUGGUCCUGGUCUGUCCAUCAGAGUCAUUUGUGCCGAGGAGCCGUACAUCUGCAAAGACUUUGCUGAAACUAAUAAUAUCCUCAAGAUCAUCACAGACUUCUCUGCAAGCGUCAAGAAGCCGCAUGCCUUGCUGCAGAGAGUCAAGUCCUGUAUAUCGGACGAGGAGGAAGAGAAGCUCAUGCAGAUCACCAGCCUUCAUUCACUCAAUGCCUUCCUGCUGCCCAUCAAAACUGUUGGUGUCCAGGGAGAUUGCCGCUCUUACAGUUACGUGUGCGGCGUCACAAGCAAGGAAUCUCCUCAUUGGGAGUCCCUCAUGUUCCUGGCCAGACUCAUCCCUCGCAUGUGCCAUUCCAUCAACAGAGUGGUGUACGUGUUUGGCUCCCACAUGAAGGAGCCGCCAACAGACAUCACUCCUACCUUCCUGACCACAGGCGUUCUUGGCACGCUCAGGCAGGCCGACUUUGUGGCUCACUCCAUCCUCCGAGAGUCUGGCUACUCUGGAAAGAUCAGCCAGAUGCCGGUCAUCUUGACCCCCCUGCACUUUGACCGUGACCCCCUGCAGAAGCAACCCUCCUGCAGACGCUCUGUAGUGGUGCGCACCUUCAUCACCAGCGACUUCAUGACCGGCAUCCCCGCAACGCCAGGCAACCAUAUCCCAGAGGAGGUGGUGCUGAAAAUGGUCAACGAGAUCAGGAAGAUCCCUGGCAUCUCCAGAGUCAUGUUCGACCUGACCUCCAAGCCACCUGGCACUACAGAGUGGGAAUAAAACACACACACACACACACACACACACACACACACACACACACACACACACACACACACACACACACACACACACACACACGGUGCACAAACAAGAGUUAUCCGAGAAGGCAGGUGAACUUCCUUCCGUUUGCUCCUUUUUUUCGCUAACAUUCCCUCAGACAAAGCAGCAGUGAUGAUGCAGUUCACUGUUUGGCCAGCAGGGUUUGGUUCGCUCCUAGAAAUGAUUUCUUCUCACUUUUAGUUCCCACAAGGUGUAUCGUCACUACGGAGCUGUGAACUUUUCAGGAUAUGCCAGGAAUACACGCUAAAGUUGCUAAGUCAGCAGAAAGUCUGCCAUUUUUAUUUUUAUUUUGCUACCUUACUGUCGUGCACUUCUUCUCACCUUCGUACCUUGGUACCUGUAUACUGUGCUACCAACAUGGCUGCUUGUCCUCUAUGGGGACACAUUUGGCUCUUUUUAUGCAAACUAACAACAUUUUUGCUAACAAAAAAGUUGAUCGGAAAUGAAAAUAAAAAUUUGCAAUUA